AUGGAGUUGGGCAUUGUGAAAACUGAGGGAAUCCCACGGUCCAGGAGCUUUUCUUUGAUGGAAAAUGGCGGCGUUACCGAGGCUAGAUGCGUAAAAAGGCGUCGCAGAUCACCCGGGGUGACGCUCGAUGAUAAGAGAGUUGGAGGAGGACAUGAUCAGCAGCAGCCUACAGUUCAAGUUGAUCAAAAUAGUGCAACUCCGAGUGUAACACCUACUACUACUACUACAGUCAAGAGAAGCUCUAGAUUUCGAGGAGUUAGCCGGCAUAGGUGGACAGGAAGGUUUGAGGCUCAUUUAUGGGACAAAGCAUCAUGGAAUGCUACACAGAAGAAGAAGGGAAAACAAGUUUAUCUAGGGGCAUAUGAUGAAGAAGAAGCUGCAGCAAGAGCAUAUGAUUUGGCUGCAAUCAAGUAUUGGGGAAACACAACUUUUACCAAUUUUCCAAUAAGUGAGUAUGCACAAGAGAUUGAAAUAAUGCAAAACCUGACAAAGGAGGAGUAUUUGGCCUCUUUAAGAAGAAGAAGCAGUGGCUUUGCAAGAGGAGUGUCAAAAUAUAGAGGGGUGGCACGACAUCAUCAUAAUGGUAGAUGGGAAGCAAGAAUAGGCCGAGUUUUCGGAAACAAGUAUCUUUAUCUUGGUACUUAUGGUACUCAAGAAGAGGCAGCCAGAGCAUAUGAUAUUGCAGCAAUUGAAUAUAGAGGAAUCAAUGCAGUAACUAACUUUGAUUUGAGCACUUACAUAAAAUGGCUAAAACCUGGAAACUCUAGCUCAACACCUCAACCUGUUGAAACCACCCCGAAUCUCUUUGACCUCGGCGAAAAACAGCUGCUUCAUCAUGAUUACUUCUCCUUGAAGCCUGAUUCAUUCAGCAGCACUGGCACAUUAUCAAUGUCCAUUCCUCAAAAACAAGAAGUUAUUGAAACUAAAUUGCCACUCAGCCCAAUGAACAGGUCAUCAUCCCCUACGGCGCUUAGCCUUCUGCUAAGAUCAUCUAUGUUUAGAGAAAUGGUUGAGAAGAGCUCCAAUGCUGAUAGUCAUCAUGAUCAUGAAAAUGAUGGGAAUCAUCAUGACUUGAUCAUCAAGAGGAGUCAAUCAUCACCAGUACUACAGAAUGGAGAGGAAUUAGGCGACGAUUUUUCAUUUUUCCAAGGUAGCGGCGCCAUGAGUUUCCCUUACUUUUUCCCUUACAACGUUGGGGAUGAACUGUCAGGAGUAGUAUCAGAGAAGAAGAGUGUAUCUCCAGUUAGGGCAUCGCCAUUGAGUGAUCGAAUGGAGCAAUCAUCCUGGAAUGAUGUCCUGAAUAUUGCAUCACCUUCCUCAGUUCAUCAAAGAGAGAUUUAG